GGAUUAAAUGCAUUGACUAGUUAGAUGCAACCCAUCAUUAAUGGUCUCCAGAGAAAGCCAUUGUUAUGCAAUAGACAUGUAUUAGAACAAUAAUUUAUGUAUUUUAUACUGGAAAUCAAAAUUUUUAAUUCAGUUACAAUAUUUAUAUCACGUCCUUUUCGAUACAAUAUUUAUAUCACGUCCUUUUCGAAACGUCCCAGGACGGCUUACAAACCAUAGAAAUUAGCUUUCAAAAUCAGGUGUCCGUUGCCAUGGCAUCGUGUAGAAAGCAAUUCUUCCAUCUCCAAACAAAAAGCCCUGCCCCAAACCAAAACUCAAUUUCCCAGAAUACUUAGAGAGGCUGUGUUAAUUGAGCAGAUGCCCUAGCAGUGUGCUUCAACUGUCUUGGCGCACGCGCAUCGAGUUCGUGGUCACAUUUUUUUUAGAGCUGUUUGGUGCGGGGAGCGGGGGGUCCCACAGAGAUUCGAGGGCGGGUGGAUAGGAGAGGGUCCGGAAAGGAAGAAUCGUCCUUCCGUGGGAAGCAGUAAUUUUUCCCGGCGCUUUCCCAAUUGUUUCUUGUCGGUCGAAGCUGUUCAUUCGGUUGUUUUCUUCAAAGGCAUGGCUAUGAGCGAAGGCUUCGUGGUGGAGGGAUCUGGUGAAGGGCUGGGGGAGGAGGAAGAGGAGGAAGACGAUGAUGAAGGAGCAGCAGCCACAGCAGCUCUUGAAGCCCCAAGCUGCUCCGGGGCAAGUUCCCGCUUUGAGAGGGUAAGCCGCUCUGAGUCCAGCGGAGAGGGAAACGAAGAGAUGGAAAUGGAGGAGGAAGAGGAGGAGGAGGAAGAAGAGGAGGAGGAGGAAGAGGAGGAAGAAGUCCUAGAAGGAGGCAGCACAGACCCGUUCGGAGGUUUUGAAAUGGAAGACGGUGAAAUGGAUUUGGACGAUGAGGAUGAGCGCAUGAUUAAACUUUCUGAGCUGACACCAUAUAUAGUAUGUUCCAUCUGUAAAGGAUACUUCAUAGAUGCCACAACCAUUACAGAAUGUCUUCAUACAUUCUGUAAAAGCUGCAUAGUAAGACACUUUUACUACAGCAACAGAUGUCCUAAGUGCAACAUUGUAGUACAUCAGACACAACCCCUUUAUAAUAUAAGGCUGGAUCGACAGUUGCAAGACAUAGUGUAUAAAAUAGUUAUCAACUUGGAGGAAAGAGAGAAAAAGCAAAUGCAUGAUUUUUACAGAGAGAGAGGUCUAGAAAUACCUAAGCCUGCUGUGCCACAGCCAAUUGCUGCAGGCAGGGGAAGGCCCCGCAAAGUUGUGGGUUCAGUGUUCCGUAUCCCUCCAGAACUUGACAUGUCACUGCUCUUAGAGUUUAUUGGAGCUAAUGAUCUGUCUGGAAACUUUAAGCCACUGGAAAAGAAGUUUGUACGUGUUUCAGGGGAGGCAACAAUUGGACACGUGGAAAAAUUCCUUCGAAGAAAGAUGGAUCUUGAUCCUGGCUGUCAGGUAGAUAUAAUUUGUGGUGAUCACCUGCUGGAACAUUAUCAGACUUUAAGGGAAAUCCGAAGAGCCCUAGGAGAGAGUGCAGUGCAGGAUGGUUUGCUUGUGCUUCAUUAUGGUCUCAUUCUCAGCAGAGAUUCCACUCUUUGAAGGAUUUGUUAAAUAUCAUCAGUUGAAAAUUUCUUAAAGCACAAUUCAUCUCAGUCCUGGAGUAUCCCAGAGAAAGCCAUCUCAUCUGAAGGAAUUAAACAAGUGCACUAUGGUGUGUGCUGUAUAGUAAGUUAGGACCUGACUUAAACCAGUGAGAAAAAUACUGUGUCAGUAAGUGCAGUUAUAAAUACUGUAGUGCUCUUAUGCCAUCAGCACCUAACUAGCUCAGGGAAGAGCAAAAUGACAGGAUUCAUUUGAAAUGCUCUCUUUUGUCUUUCAGUAUUUAGAACUUACUUCUAGGACCUGAGCAUGUGAAAGGUAUCUACCUUUAAGAUGCUAGAUAUACAGAUACAGGGGUGUUCUCAGGGAUGAUCUCCAGUAUGCAAUGUCUUACAAGAAAAGACAUGUAUUCGUCUUAGAGGCAUUUGAUUGUAUACUAGUUGACUUGGUUUCAAUAGUAGUGGAAAGCUUUCAGGUGUGUCUCUAGACAAAAUAGAAAUCAGCCACCUUUAAAAAAAAUUACAAGCAUUAUAUUGCAUGUGUUAUUUGAGGAAUAGUAUUAAAAUCUGUAAUGUUCUAUCCAGUUAGUGAAUGGAAAAGGAAUUGGAUGCAUGUUAACUGUAAAACAAAUUAUUAUUUUCACCCAGUGUGAAUGUGACAGUAGAUUGUACAAUCACUGUAUGGGUGCCACAAAGGUCCUUUUGGAAAACAUUAAGCACCUGAUUGUUUUCCAGCAAAUGUCAGUGGCCAUAUUUCAUUCCAACCAAUGGAGGAAGGAUCAUUCAUCAGUACCCUAAUACUUCACUCCAUUUGCACUUCCCUUCACAGCCUCCUUCAUGAUUAACCCUUUUCACAAAUAUUUCACUAUACUCUAUUUAUCUGUCUAGCUGCCACUUGGGAACCUUGUUUGAGCCUGUAUCCCCUUUCAAACAUGUUUGCUUCAAACAGUGUCCUGUGUUUCCACAGCAACAACACAUGUGAAUAGUAGUAUGUGAGCAAUAAAAUAGUAACACUAGGAUUUCAUUUUUAAUAUUUCCUAUAACACAACCAUACCUAUGGGUGUUAUUUCAAGGAUGUCAUAGUACCUCGCUAUAAAUUAUUUAAUCCAUUAUCAUAGACAGCACUUUGAGGCUGUUGCAAUCAAAGUGAUAGAAGACACAUUACUAACAACAGUUUCUCUGUCUAUACUGAAGGUUUUGUUAAUCUUAGUUCAUUGUAAUCUUAUACUUCAACAUUCUGUCUAUGCCCCAUGGGCACAGAGACUAGAGAUGUCUAAAAUGUUAGCUUUGGAAAAUGUUUCUGAUAGCUUCUGAAAUGCUCACUUUUAAACCAAAUGUUUUGUUUUUUAUUUUCUAAUUGUGAAAAUAAUGCCUUCAUAAAAUCAAGUUAGGUAUAAUCAUUUUGGGGUAUUUGGAUAUUUCUAAAUAUUUAACUGUUUUAUAUUUAAAACUUCCAAUUUAUUUUCAAAAUUUCUAUAAAAGUUUUAACCAAAAGGAACAAAAUGAUUUUGUAAAUAUUUUUAUGCACUAUGUUUAAACAUUGUAAGUGCUACAGUCUUUCAAAAAAAAGGAAGUCUUUCUGAAUGAAAAAAAAAAGUCAUACUAAUUCUGUUACAACAAAUGUACAUUGACAAUAAGACAAGGAAAAUGAGGAUCUUAUUGUUAAUGUGGUAUGACUGAAGGCUUGCAAGGAAAUUAUGGAUAGGUUAAAUGAAGUAUUUGCACUGGACCUCAGUACAGAAGAUGGUUAAUUACUGGUUCCAUAUUGCAUACAUCUGUGCAUUCUUGAAGAACUCUUUUCUAACAAAACUAGGAAACUUGUUACAAAAUUCAGUAUCUUUACCAGAGGCUGAUUGAAAGAUAACUAACGAAAUAUUGAUUUGUAAAAAGGGCUCAUGGGUGAAUGUUUGUCCAAGAAAAAUUGUUAGAAAUCACUAUUAAGGCUGCAAUUAUUGAUUGAACAGAGAAGAACAAGCUUUGCUAAGGAAACAGCAGCAUGGCUUCUGUAACAAGCAAUUUUGCCUUACCAAAUUCUGGGAGACAAACAUGUUGAUGGAAGUAUAAUGUUGGACUUCUAAAAAAAAGUUUCGACAAUGCCCUUCACAAUAUUCUGCUAAACAGAGUUAGUGCUCUUUUUUUAAAAUGUUGAGAUGCCUAAUGACUGGUAACUGGUUAAAUAAAAGGAAAUGGAGAAUAGAAAUAGAUUGACAGUUUUCAAAAUGAGGUGAAAUAAGCAGUAUGAUCCCCUGAAGACCUAUAUUCAUGCUGCUACUAUUCACCUUAUUCAUAACUGUUCUGAUGACAUUAGUGGGAAAUGCCAUGGUUCAGUUUUUGAUUAAAACCAAUUGAUUUAUGAUAGGAAAAACAAAAGCUGAUGGUAUGAGCUCCCAAAGGAUAUUUAAGAUACCACAAAAUUAGAUGUAUUUGUUUAAAAUAUUGCUAUCCCACCUUUUACAGCAAGUGCCCAAAAGGUAGCUUACAAUAAACCUGAGUUUAUUCUUUGUUUUCUCUGUGCAUCGCACAUAUGGGCAACUAGAGAGCAUAUGUUUGAGUUGGAGGUGGGAAGGUGUUCUCAGCAACAAACUUUGAGAAGAUCGCUCUACCAAAACAGCUAUCCUGUCUGGCACAGACAUCAAGUCAGUAGUGCUUGACACACGUCAAUGGUGUGGACCAUGUCACCACCUUGCACAGGUCUUUGCCUGGGUCACCCAGGUAGCUGUAGUCCUGCCAUCUUGAUAGGCUAGCAUGAUUAUCUCGACCAACCAGAUUGUGAACCUUUGAGAGAUGACCAGUCCCAACUUUGAUCCUCCCAUUUUAGCAGAUGAAAACUUUUUGGGUUUGACAUAAGAACUUGAUAGGAGCAAUAGAAAGCAAGUGCCCUGCAUCCAUCCAGAGCAUGUAGUGUGGAUUCCCUUGGGUUGGACAGGGCAGCAAAAAUGCAAGCAAGACAGUGUCCUAAUUCAGAUGAAACAAUGAGACAAUCUUUGAAAGAAAUAUGAAGUCUAGGCACCAUGUGGCUUUGCCACUAUGGAAAACUAGAGGUCCACUUGAAGAGGACACAGUUUGCUGACCCUGUGGGCUUAUGUGACAGCUACUAGGAACAUUACUUUUCAGAAGGGUAGCCUGAGCUCUGUGAUGGCCAAGGAUUUGAAAGGCCAAUUGGUAAGGGUCUGGUGGACUAUGGAGAGGCUCCAUCUUGAUAUGAAGGAUCAAGUUGGUAGAACAAUGUUCUGGAGGCCUUUCAACAACAAACGGGACAAUGGGUAUAAGAAGACUGAGAAGACCAGGACUGGAGGGUGGAAUUAAGAGAGUGGCACUUUAUAAGCUUUGGUAAACAAAGAUUUUAGGCCCCUCCAGAAUAGUUUGUUUUUUAUUACUUCAUUUUUGUGCCAUAAUAAAAAUAUUUUGCAUUUUCA